AUGCCUGCCGAACGUCGAACCUUCACCUCGGCCAGACCGGUCAAGACCGAGCGCACUCAUGAAGAGAACCAGGAGCGUGCCUACAUUGCUGCCUCGCGCCGCAGUGACCGCAGCCUGGAGGCUCGCAUUGAAUCUGCUCGUAGAGCUUCUGAGAUUCACAAGAAGCGCACGGGCCGUGCUCUUCGCGUGACCGAGCAGGAUGUUAUCAAUGAGGAGAUGUACGAAGAGGAGGAUGAUGAUCUGCCUACCCAGUACCAGCGCCUAAACGCUCAUCUUCAAACCACUUCGGUCAUGUUCAACAAGAAGCUCCAUGACUACAUUGCGACCCAGCAUGGCGUCAGGAACAUGUUCAUGUCCCAGUACCAGAACCAAGGCGCGGCGUUCCAGCAGUAUGGUCCGCAGUAUCCGGCCAAUGGCGCUCAAUUUGCACAGCCGAACAACUGGCUGAACCCGUCAAUGCUCCCGCCUCAGCAGUUCGCCCCCGCGUCUCCACAGGGUUUCCAGCAAGCGCAAUCCUUCAGCCCGACCACCGCUCAGCCGCAACAGGGAUACAGACAGUCACCUUACCAGAUUCCUCAACGCACUCACUCUCACCAGCGCGCUCUUUCUAUUCAACUGCCCCAGGGCGCAUCGCACUUUGACCCAUCAGCUCAGCCGGCGAGUGCAGGUCUCACGACGCCACAGACUGAGCUCAACCGAAGACUGUCUUUACCGCCGCAAGCUUUUCAACAGCAAAACCAGACAGUAGAGCGACAAACGCGUCCUUCGUUAUCGCGUUCGCCUACUACCCAUUCGCUCCAGCACCGUCAGUCAUCUUCGCCACAGAGCGCUUCGCCCAACGCAGCUUCCGUGCAUGAGGCCGCACCUGUGCAGAGUGAUCCUAAUUCGCCUUCCUCCUAUUCUUACAGCCCUACGAACUACCCAUACAGCUCGCAGGCGCUCAACACCAAUCCUUUGACUCUGUCUAUGCCACCCGAGUCUCAGCAGUUCCUUGGAUCUGUCCUGGAUCAGAACGACCCACGCACUGCAGUCUUCAUGGCAGGCAGCGAUAACCUUCCUCAGCCUUUUGCUCCGACCUACACCUACAACCCCAACAAGGUUGGUCGGACAGCUAACGCCAGUAGCAUGUCUGAGCAUGCUAGUGGCUCGGCUCAAACAUUGUCAUCUGGUCUAAACUUGAAGACUGAGCCUGUUUCUGGUACCACGUCGCCGUCGGUACCCAGUGCUAUUUCUGAUGGCUUUUAUUCCAACGAUUCGUUUUUGACGCCUGGUACUGGUGAAUACAGUGCCUUUUUCGAUUUCCCUGGCGGCGAUUUCCAACAGUCGUUUGACGACCAAUCCGCCAAUGACCACGACAAUGGUAACAGCCUCGUCAACUGGGAUUAG